ACUUUGGCACCUCCUUGGCAGUUCUACUUAAGAGAUUGCUGUCACUAAACACACGUAUUUCCUGGUGCCAAAUCCAAGCUUCCCUGAGGCAUUUCAGUUGUAAAUCGGGCUGGAGUGCGUUUUGUUUUAAGUUUGUUACCUUGAUUUGUCUGUGUGACAUAAUUUUAACAACACCAUACUUUAAGAAACCAGUUUCUGCUCAGGGAAAAAGGUACGAAACGUUUUUUCCACGCCCUCGUCCUGCUGUCACUGUUGUUUGUGUGUGUGUGCUUGUUUUGGAAACGAUGCACUGCACUCGGAGGAGCGCUGUCAAAUGUUUUUGCUUAGCAGUCUUCCCCUUCCGAGCCUUCUUGUUGAAGUGAUGACGAGGUGAAAAUGGCGGAUCUUUCGAAAUACAAUCCCAGCCCUGAAAUAGACGCACUGGAGUAAUAUAGUAUUUCUCCGCCUAUAAAGUGUCAUUUACUCGCACUGAGAAGCUCCCAUCGCACUGGAAAUCUAUCGAUGCACUUUGCACAUCAACUGGGUGGCACUGUCUUCGUCUGCGUUUUCUUUUUUCACUUCCUAAGGAUUAGGGUCCGUGCCUGGGAAUAUUUAUUGUAAGGAAUCUUGAUCUGGAUAAGUGAAAGUGCAUCUGUCUUAGGCGCUACCUCCAUGCCUUACAACUGAAAGUACGAGCUCUAACCAGGCUACAAACAAAAUGAAGUUUUGGAUGGUGAAGUGUAUAAAAUAACAAAUGACCUCCAAUGAGAGAGCAUUCAGUACUUCCUGUGUUGGCAUCCUGUUGUCUUCGGGAUCAUCAUAUAUGAAUGAUUGCCUGAAUCUUCUGUCUUCUCAGAAAUGGAGGUGGUUUCAGCAGAUGUAAACAGUCUGCUGCCAGAGGAGAUAAUGGACACUGCUAUUGCCUUAGAGGAGGAAGAGGAGGAUAGUAUUGAGGCUGUCACAAUAACAUCCGACAUGGAAGAUAACAUCCAUAUGGAAACAGAGCUGGAGGACAUAGUGAGCAUACAUACAGAUGAGGAUACUCUGGUGACCUCUGCUACUGUGGAACCAAUCCAGAUGUCCAGUAACUUCACAGAACACUUUUUACUUCCAGCUGCAAAUGCAGCAGAUAUUACUGUGGCCACGCACAACACUUUGUCGCAUGACUGCUUACAACUUAGUGCCGUAUCUCCUAUUAACUUAACUGCAAAUCAGAUUGUUUUAAAUAAGGUACAGUCAGUCUGUGAUCUGGGUACAGGUGGACAUGUGAUCAAACAGGACAAUCAGAAACUAAUUUUAACAACUUUGGGAAAGGCUGGGCAACAGUAUGUUCUGUCAUUACCAAAUACUCAUUUGAACCAGAAUAAAAAGGCCACAAAUCCACCCCCACUUAUAGACUCAAGAGUCUCUGCUCCUCAAAUCAAAGUAGUUUCAUUAGGUGGGAGAUCAGAUGUGAAACCUGUUCUUGGGACAACAGCAAUAUGCUCUGGAAGUCCUCUUAUUGGUUCUUCAACUCCGUCUUCUGGUUUGCAAAACCAGCAGGUUAAAACAGUGCAGAUAGUAAAGAAGACUUCUACGACAUCUACCAGCCCGAUGAUUGCAAAAUAUAUCCUUCACAAGCCUGGGACGAAUAAAGCGUCCAUGCCUCCACUAUUAGCAGGUAGAGUAAUUUCCCCCACUGCUCCUGGAACACCUCCAAAAGCUGUAACCAUUGCAGAAGGUAGUGUUGCAACAUCUCUUAAUAUGACAGCACAGCAGACUGCAAGCAAGAUUGCCAUCUCACCAUUGAAGUCUCCAAAUAAGUUUUGUCCUCUGGGAUUUUAUUCUGAUGUACCUGCUUCUGUCAAGUUCCCAUGGAAAGCAGAGGUAGCAAAGUCAGCUGUUCAGACUGUUACUGUUGGAGGUACACCACAAUUUAAAACCAUCAUUCCUUUAACAACUGCUCCUAAUGUUCAGCAGAUCCAGGUACCAGGUAGCAAGUUCCACUAUGUACGACUGGUCACCGCUACAACAGCCAGCACACCUCAGUCUGCCAAUCAGAGUUCUACUACAAAUGCACAACCUAUGCAGCAAGCAGGUAAAACUGUUGUUGUGAAUGCAACCCCAGUGCGUAUGUCUGUUCCAAUAGUCCCAGCCCAGACCAUCAAGCAGGUGGUCCCUAAACCCAUCAACAGUACAACUCAGAUGGUUACCACAAGUCAGCCACAGCAGCGACAUAUCAUGCCAGCAACCAUUCUACCACAAAUACAGCCCAGUCUCACAAGCCUCCCGCCUGGUACAGUUUUAACAGGUGCAGGCAACGUAGGAUAUGCAGUGCUCCCAGCUCAGUAUGUCACACAGUUACCUCAGUCCGCAUACGUUUCUAUUGCAAGCAAUACAGCCUUUACAGCAACUACUGGGAUUCAGACACAGUCUAGGCUACAGUUUAAUGGAAUAACUCCAUCAGAGUCUGCUCCUCGGCCAAGGAAGCCAUGCAACUGCACAAAGUCCCUCUGUCUCAAAUUGUACUGUGACUGUUUUGCAAAUGGAGAAUUCUGCAAUAACUGUAAUUGUACAAACUGCUACAACAACAUGGCACACGAAACAGAACGACAAAAAGCUAUUAAGGCAUGUCUUGAUAGAAACCCAGAAGCUUUUAAACCAAAAAUAGGGAAAGGGAAAGAAGGUGAAUCAGACCGACGGCAUAGCAAGGGCUGCAACUGCAAACGGUCUGGGUGCUUGAAGAACUAUUGUGAAUGCUAUGAGGCAAAGAUCAUGUGUUCUUCAAUAUGUAAAUGUAUUGGAUGCAAAAACUUUGAAGAAAGUCCAGAGCGAAAAACAUUAAUGCACUUAGCAGAUGCAGCAGAAGUCCGAGUGCUGCAGCAAGCCGCCGCAAAAACUAAAUUGUCAUCUCAAAUCUCAGACUUGCUGACAAGGCCAACUCUAACGGUGUCAAGUGGAGGGGGGAAGUUACCGUUUACAUUUGUAACCAAGGAGGUUGCUGAAGCAACAUGUGUAUGCCUCCUGGCUCAGGCAGAAGAAGCAGAGAAGAUGAACGAAUCUAAGGCAACUGCAGAGCGAAUGAUUCUGGAAGAGUUUGGUCGGUGCCUCAUGAGUGUUAUUAAAUCAGCAGGGAAAGCCAGAAAUGACCCUUGUUCAAUGACUUGCUAAUCCAUGGACAGUCUUAAGUAACUGAACAUUUUUGGAUGAAGUUACAUUCUGACAGCUGCACAGUGUGGCAGAGCUGCUAAGGUUUGAGCCUGUCCAGUGGGGACAGUUUGGAAUGAACUGGAGCUAGGCAUUGUCUUUAGGCGGUCUUCAGAAUGAAAGCUUUUAUUAUGUACAGUUGAUAUAAUUUUAGCCGACAUUUAAGUUUCUUCUACUUCCUAGUCUGGGAGGCACCAGUUCUGUCAUGUCCUUACUACUCUUUUAAUGUUUGUAUGUUUUUGUUUCUUUGUGUGCUUGGUUGUUAUUUUCUCUGUCUGAUAGUCCUGUACUUUUUUCAUUUAAAAAACAUAAACAGUGAAAAAGGUAUAGUACUAAGCUGUAAUAAAGUACUUACUGUUUUUUGCUCGUAGUGUCAUGCUAAAAAGUACAUUUUGAACACUGUGUUAGUUGACACUUCAUAUGUCCUCUGGAUGCAUUACCUGUAUCCCCCAGUAACAGUCCUGCUGACAUGAAAAGUGUCCAUUAGGUUUUGCUUGCUGUGAUUACUUUUUUAUCAUAAUAAUUCUGGAUUUCUAGGCUGUAGCAUAAACACAGGAUUACUAUGAAGUCAUAAUUGGAGAAAUGUAAGUAACUGAAUCGUAUUGUGUCUCGAGACAGGGGAAGAGGGGGCCCUGUUUCUGAAGUAAUUUAAAAUAAAAAGUUGUCAGUCUGACUUAACUACAGUAGUCAACUAAUGUAAUCAGUUUUGUUCAAUGGGGCAGUAUUUAAUUUUAUGUUUUAACCCAGAGGAAAUUGUUUGUUAUUCAGGCUUUCUUCUUGCACUUUUAAUAUAAAACAUUACUACAGAAUGCUUUCUAUAGGCAGUCCUAAAAUACGUUUGGGAUCUUUAAUUAAUUUUUGUCAAGUUUUGAGGUAUUAGAAUUUCCAGAAUAUAUUCUGUAAAUGUUAAGUACGUCCAUAACCUUAUUAAUGUAAAUUAUUGAAUUAGGAAUGUAAUGGAAAUUCUGGGAAACAAAACAGGCAGAGCAUGUCUGAUGCACUAUAAAGCCAAAUUUCUUAGUAAGUGAAAUGUAACUAAAUCUUGCUGUGACCUGAGAGAGGUCUACUGUGCUUCAGAUAAGGCCAGAUGAUCUAAAGCAAAUGCAAGGGGCUCUGUGGUGGAUAUUAUGAUAAACCUCCUUCCAUAUUUCAGGCUCAGAAAGUUAGCAUUCCCCAGGUUUACAAAGUCCAGAUAUGGCUAAAGUUUGAAAAUGUCACUGCUCAUAUCUGUGUUUUAAAUUUUAAGCCAGUUUAAAUGGGAAUAGUCAGAUACCCCUCAAUAUGACAUCUGGGCAUAGCAGAAAUUUCUAUCUUCUAAUGGCGAAUGCGCUAAAGAACUUCAGAACUUUCCACUUCAGUUUUACUUGAAUCUUAACUUUUAUAAAUCCUGUGCACUUAUAAAGGGCUUUAAGGCUGAAUUUUGGAUCCAACAUUCUUAUGUAAAAACAUUAUUUAACAUGCUCCUGUAUGUAUUGAUUUCAUUUUGUAGUUCUAGAAAAUUCUGAUUCUGAAAGUUGUUGUGGAGUCUAGAGUGUCAGUGCGUAUGACUGAAUGUGAACGGCCUUGCUUCAAACUCAUUCUGAUGCAUUUCUCAAUGGACUGUGGAGCACACGUCAAUACCAUUUGACUAUAUGCACCUAAAAAUUUUACUUUUUGUAACUGCAAACAUUACGAGCAGAGAUGCAUUUGUGAGUCUUCUGUUUUGAAAGCUGCUAUAGUUGGAACUGUGUACUGAAACUGUCAUUUGUUGUACAGGCCAGUGCAGAGAGGGAUUAUGAAUCAAUUCAGAUGAUUUAUGCUUGUGUAUGCACAACUGAAAUUAUUUCUGUUAGAGCACACAUUCAGCAUUACUUUUAUGAUAACUAUAUUUUAGCCUUAUUUAAGUAUAAUUUAGUGCUUUAACAGAAUUAAUGUAUUUUUGGGUAAGGUGGUCAAAGAAUGUCCUUGGAAAGUGGGUUUUAUGUUUUCAGAUGAAACCUCAUGUUCACGCAUUUGCCUCUAAUAGUUGGAUAAUGAUAGCUGGCCUUCUUUACUCAUUUUCUGUAUCUUACCACAAACAGUAGUAGAACAAAAUGUGUAUGUGCUGUCUUGGAAUAAACUAUAGUUUGGCCCAUCUUUGCUAACAGGCAAGAAAUGCAGAGUUAGCAAAUAGAAGACUUGUAACUUGGAUCAUCAUGACAUAUAAUUUGCAAAGUAAUCCACUUUUGAGCAUUUUGUAGCUCUAGGAUAUUUUUAUAUGUGGUAGCAACAGAUUUACUUGUAUGUAAAUCUAACUGUACAUGCCUACUGAAAGGACAUGCAUUCUGACACACUUAAACCCAGAAUGAUUUUAGUGUCUAUUUUCUGACAUAAGUCCUCAGAAGUGUAACAAAGUGUCUUUUAUAUAUGUAGAUAAUUUGGGUACUUGCCUCCUUUCACACUGCAGAGUGUCAAAUAAGUGUAUAAAUGUAAAUUACUAUAUUUCAAUCUUUUUUUUUUUUUUUUUUUUUUUUUACUUCGGUGUUCUGGAGCGUGACAGAUUGCAAUACCAUUUAUUUGAUUAGAACUUUAACUGUUAAUAUGUAUAUAUACUUUGUUUUAUCUGAAUUGCACCUUUAUGCUAUGUAUUUAUAUGUUUUGUGAGAAAGUGUUUGUGAAAUAUGGAUUACAGUUGUAGAUUGUGUGUGAUAUGAUAUGAUUUGAAGCUACUUUGCUUGUAAAAAAUGUAAAGGUGCAAUUUACAUGUUCAAUAUUUUGUUUCCGUUUUUCUAAAAGGCUUAUCAGUUAUACAUUACUUGUAUCAUACUGCACAGCUGUUUCAGGCUCUUUUCAUUUCCACUAAACUACAGAAUAGAAUUAUGAAAAAAAUAAAAUAAAUAUAUGACAGUAUUUGGAGAGGGAAAUCAUUUACUCAUUCAGUUUACUCCUAAGAGUAGAAAUGAGAGAUUUAUAUUUA